GGCGUGCUCAAGACCUAUCUAUACACCUUGAGAUACACAGCACCUCAGACGCAGUCAUGUCGUCGACGGCCAUCCCGAAGGUCGUGCCCGCGCACCUAUCUUUCCUUGCCAUCUACAACCCUGACCUGGGGAGGUCGGACGAAACGUUCCACAACCAGAUCGUCUUUUAUCACUCCAAAGCUGCAAAGGCGCGGUCCAGACUCCAUGGCCGCGACGCCCGGGCCGAGCAAGAGCUGCGCGAGCACGAGAAUGAGAAGCUGCGCCAGGUCGGCCUUGCGCAGGGCAUGGUUGGGUUCGCCCGGAGCUUCUCCAAUGGCGCCGCCGUCGACUCUGUAGAGACGCAGAAAUCGCGAAUCGUCCUGCACGAGCUGGAAGAAGGAUGGUGGAUACUCGCAUCUAUCGACCUCACCCAGCUCCCCGCGCACCACGCAGGCACAGGGAAUGGAGACCCGGCCUCGCAGCCUUCUGUCGAAUACUCGUCGCGGGAAGUGAGCCCGCCCGCGCUGCUGAUCCAGCAGCUCAUACGCGCCCACAACAUCUUCCUGCUACACCAUGGAAUAACACUCGAUGCCAUGCUCGACAAGCACGACCGCACCAAGUUUUGCAACAUACUGGAGAAAUACUGGUCGAGAUUUGCAAGCACCUGGGACGUGCUCCUGCACGGUAGCCCUGCAGUGGGCAUCUACAAUGGCAUGAAGCUGGCAGCGGGUGGCGAGCUGGGCAUGGGCGUGGGUGAAGAAGAGUGGGGAAGCGGAGAGCGUCUGGUGCUGGAGGACUUCGUGCAAAAGACGGAGGGCUUGGUAGACUUCAUGGUCUCUCGGUUCGGCGAACCUUCGCCCCUCCAAGAUCCAAAGAAGCGUCCCGACUCGAAACAAUCGGUCGAGGAAACAGAACCCUGGAUCGGGAGUGGCAGAAUGCCCACCGCUGCGGAUGGAAUUGUUUUCUCUGGAGUAGGAGCUGUCGCCAAAAGGUCUCUGCGAGACUUGUCACACUGGAUUGAGACCAUCUACUCCAACGGGGAUCACGCGUACGGCGUUGGAGAUAACCCAACAACUGAUCGCAGAAAACGAAGGCGUCGGAUUAUACCAUCAACAACCUCUUCGUCCGAGCCAGCUGCUCGUACUGCAAGGUUAAGUAACAGGCCCAGUGGCACUCUUUCGAAAGGAGAGCCGGUGCCUACUCCCACCCCUGGAAUCCCUCCCGAUCUGAUCAAGAAUGUGGAGACUUCACUAGACAAAGCUUCCAGUGCUGUCGAUGCAUCAGGAGGGCAGACGGUGCAGAACCAGGAACCGCUAUUGGCUUCCUUGGGCGACACUGAAACGUGGAUGAAGUAUUUAACGCUGGGUUAUGGCACUGCGUGGGGCUCCAAGAAAAGCGCGACGGCUGAUAAUGCUCCCACACAGGAGCAAGCCGUCGACUCCGCUACACCAGAGGCUCCAAUGCGAUUUGUCGAACCCGAACCAGAUGUCGACCAUGCAGCUGAGAAGCUGAAAGCCCAGAUUCAGCUGGAAAAUACUGGGUAUUUUGCCAUAGGUCUGAAAGGUGACCUGGAUGAUGGAGUUGCAGACGACUCUGAUGGCGAAGGAGAUUGGAACAAGCGCACGCUCCUUCGUAAUGUGCACGUCGAGUUGACUGAUGAAAACAUACCUGCUACUCCUGGCACCGGGGACGACGAUACACCGCAGUUUGAGAAAGAACUCAGCCUAAAGAACGCGGAUACUGUCAGGCUGCGGAGACUCCGUCCUGUCAUCUACGUGCAUCGUCCCUUCAUCUAUACCUUCCUCUUCCGCCAUCGGACAGAGUCGCUCACGAUAGCAUCGUUUUACCGCAACCUACAUACCUACUUUUCGCCUCUACACCGACCUUUAACAACCAGCACAUGCCCAAGCAAAGUCUUUGCGCGCAUAUCCGGCUCCUCUCACCCUUACACAACAACAUCUUCCCAGCAAGGAGUAGAGCCUAAUGCACAGCCUAUCUACGAUCUAGUAUACGACCCCCGGACGCUCACAGUGCAUUCGAGUAUUCCCAACAUCCCCGACCCCGGAACACUGAUCGCAGAAGGCCUGAGCAGCGAUGCAACGCUCGCCGGCUGGAGCCGCGUCGAAGCCCUCAACGUACAUUCCCAGAUCCUCGCCACGGUGACCAGCACACGCCGCAGUCUCGCUGAGAUUGAGCGCACGUGCAAGACGAGUCGCAGCUGGUGGGUCGUCUGGAUGCGCCUGCCUCCAUCGCAAGCCAUGCCUUCACAAAGCCUGAAAGCAGACGCAGGUCAAGAGCAGGAGCCCGAGGAAACGCAGACGGAGUUCCUCACCGACCAGCUCCGCGAGGCGAUCCUCAUCCGGCGUGCGCGCGACGCAACAGCACCCUCGACCAAGAGCGCAGGCAGCAGAUUCGCAAGCAGCAUGUGGAAGCCUGCCGUCGACAAGACGGGGGGUGCGGCGGCGGGAUGGGGACCGCGGGGGCUGGCGGAGGGCAUUGGGAUCGAUGCGAGGAGGUAUGUUGAGGGGCUGUUGAGUUUGAAUCGAUGACGGCUGUCAUCGAGCUGGAGUAGAGCAGCCCGUGUGGAUACCCGUUGAGCAAUCGAUAGCGACAGCAGCGAUAUAGCGCUCCUGGCAUACAUACCGUCGCCCCCUUCAAGCGUUCAAGACGCGUGGUGGAAGUUAAUUUGCAGCUUCAGCA